UAACAUGUUUAAUCGGUGUUGAUACAUUGGAUAUGGUUGACGAUAAUUAUGUUGACAUUGUUUAUCAAAUUGUUUAUCAGGUAAACAAUUUAUUGUUUACAGUUGAUGUGUGCAUUUGAAAAUUGUUACAAAUUGGAAAGUUAAAGGGCUUUAAUUGUAUGGAGAAAAAUUUUGAAUUUGUUUGAUGGACUAGUAAUUCUUGUUGGAUUUAAAAAAAGUGAUAUUUGGAAGUAUCGUAUUAGUAUAUGUAGGCUUGUUCUUCUUGAUGUGCUGUUCAUUAAUUGGCAACAAUUAGGGUUCAUUUGACAGUUUUUGUUGUGCUAUAUUGGAAAUAGAUUCAAAUCGUUCCUAUCAUUAAAUUUAACUUUACAGGAAAUACUGAGUGUAUAUUUUAACUAAUAUUCAUUAAAUUAUUUAAGUGAACAAUUUGAAAAUAUUGAAAGGGAGAAAAGAAUUCAGCUUGAUAUAAGUGAAUAUUGGACAUAGAUUAUAAAGUGAAUAUUUGACACAGUUUAUAAAGUGAAUAUUUGACAUAAUUUAUAAAGUGACAUUAUGUCUAUAACUUCAACGCCACGACCACCAAAUCCCUUGAGGCUUCAGUCACUGAGUGAACGGAAUGAAAGUACGCUGUUCCAGAGGCGGCGGCUACAUCCACAUGAGCAUGAUAACCCCCCACUUGGGGAUAUACAUGAGAUCGGAGCCCAGCAUGGGGCUGAUCAACCUGGGGCUCCCUUGCCAGGGUUCCCUGUUCAAAAUGGACCAAGUUCUGACAUGUCUAUGGGCAUUGGAGUGUGUUGUCGAUGUGGCGAGGGUUUCGGACAACACCAGCAGAUCGUUAACUCCAAUGGUGAAGUGUGGCACCCACAAUGCUUUGUGUGUGCCCAGUGUUUUCAACCUUUUCCUGAAGGGAUUUUCUACGAGUUUGAAGGAAGGAAGUACUGUGAGCAUGACUUCCAUGUCCUGUUUGCUCCCUGCUGUGGUAAAUGUGGAGAGUUUAUUGUUGGACGAGUGAUCAAGGCUCUAAACAACAGUUGGCAUCCGGACUGUUUCCGUUGCCAGAUCUGUGCUGGACCCCUGGCUGACUCCGGAUUUGUGAAAAAUGCUGGAAGAGCACUGUGUCGGGAGUGUAAUGCCCGGGAGAAGGCUCGUGGGUUAGGGAAGUACGUCUGCCAUAAGUGCCAUGCUAUAAUAGAGGAAGGACAUAUAAAGUACAAAGGAGAAGCCUUCCAUCCCUAUCACUUCAACUGUAACUCGUGCAGUAUUGAGUUGAAUGCGGAUGCGAGAGAGGUGAAUGGAGAACUGUACUGCCUAAGGUGUCAUGAUAAGAUGGGUAUACCUAUCUGUGGAGCUUGCAGACGUCCCAUUGAAGAGAGAGUUGUCCAUGCCCUAGGAAAAGCAUGGCAUGUGGAGCAUUUUGUGUGUGCCAAAUGUGAGAAACCUUUCUUUGGCACGAGACAUUACGAGAAGAAGGGACUGGCAUACUGCGAGAUUCACUACCACCAGCUGUUCGGAAACAUCUGUUUCACGUGCAACAGUGUCAUCUCCGGAGAUGUAUUUCAUGCAUUUAACAAGGCGUGGCACGUAAAUCAUUUUGCAUGUUCUAUAUGUGAUAGAAAGAUGAGUCAAAAGACAAAGUUUUUCGAGUUUGAUCUGAAACCAGUCUGCAAAUUUUGUUAUGACAAGUUUCCCGGCGAGUUGAAGAAACGACUGAAGAAAGCGUAUGACGAACAGAAUAAAAAAUAAAACAGGGAUUUAAUUACGCAUUUAUUGUUUGAUAAUAUUGUUAUAUUCAUGCAUGCCUUAGAAAAUGUUAUAGUUAAAAAAUUAUAGUCUAAACUGUUUCAGUUAUACAUUAUGUAAAUAGAAUAUAGCAGUUUUCAAAAUACAUGUAUUAUAAUUUAUAUGCUUAACCCAUUCAUUUGACAUUUGUUAUAUCAGAUUUGCUAGGAAUUUCACAAUAGGGAAAAUAUCUAUCACAAAUACCUAGUUCUCUUUAUUGAUAAAGAUUUUUUGGAUGUAUCAUCCAGUGAGCUAUUGGUAAAGUUGGAUGGUACUGUGUCUGGCAUCCAUCAUCAUGUGUCAAUAUUUGAACUUGAACAUCUUCUCCUCUGAAACUACAAGUCAAUAUUAUACCAAACUUGGUGAAGUUUUUUUUUCAAAUGGUUUAGUUUGGUCCCUGUUAGAGUCAAAAAUAGAAAAAACCUUUAAAUGAGUUCUUCUCAUGAAUCACAUGAUAGAUCUUC